AUGAGCGACGCAGACCGGCCCGCCCCCAAGCGGUCGCGCUUCGAUCAGAUGGAGCCUGAGCCUAAGAGGCCCUCUCGAUUUGAUCGUCGCUCCCGCUCGCCACCAGCUCGCCGCACCCCCGACGCGCGAGACCGCAGUCCGCUGCCCCGCGACGCCUCAGCCGAGGCCAAGAAAUCGCCGUCCGUUGAUCCCGCUGCUGCUGCAGCUGCCGCGGCCGCCCGGAUCAACGCCCAACUCCAGGCCCGCAAAGGCAUCCAACACGUCGACGUCCCGCCCAUCCAGAAGCCCGACAACCAGUCGCCUACGCCCCCGGUCUCUGCCACGGCUUCAGCUCCUCCCAGCAGCGCGGGUGCUCACCGCAAGAUCGACGGCGAGAUGUAUGUGUCGGACGGCGACUACAUCAAGGACAUUGAAGUCAACGACUUGCGCAACCGCUACACGCUCACCAAGGGCGCCACUCAGAAAAUGAUCAAGGACGAAACCGGCGCUGACGUGACAACGCGUGGCAGCUACUACCCCAACAAGAGCAUGGCUACCCCAACGAACCCUCCUCUGUACCUCCACGUCACCAGUCGCACCAAGGAAGGCUUGGAGGCUGCUGUGGCCAAGAUCGACGAGCUUAUCCAGCAAGAGUUACCUCAGCUGGUAGACGAGCGCCGCUUCAGACGGCGCGACCAGGAGCAGCAGCCGCAAGUUGAGCGUGACGAAUAUGGCCGUCGCAAGUGGCCAGAGGAGAAGAUCACUGUUGGCCUUGAGUCACUCCCUGGCUUCAACAUCCGUGCCCAGAUCGUUGGCGCCGGCGGCGCUUAUGUGAAGCAUAUCCAGUCUGAAACAGGCUGUCGGGUUCAGAUCAAAGGACGUGGCUCUGGAUAUCUCGAGAAUGCUACGGGCCGCGAGAGUGAAGAGGACAUGUUCCUUCAUGUGACUGGACCCGAUGCCCAGAUGGUCGAGAAGGGUAAGGAGCUCUGCGAGGACCUGAUAACAUCUGUCCGUGAGCAGUACGAAGCCCACAAGUCUCGUCCACCGCGCGAGCGAGGCGGCUACGGCGGCGAUCGUUACGGUGGAGGUGAUCACUACCGUGGCGGAGGCAGGUCGCAAGAGCAUUCCUCGUAUUCGUACGGCCGACAAGGCUCCGAGCAUGCGGCCCCUCCUGGAUCGUCUCCUGCCGCUCCUGGCACAGCCAGCACCGCAAGCGCGGCCGAUUGGUCGCAGUACUCUCAGUACUAUGCGAAUGGCGCGGACCCCUAUGCUGCUUACGGAGGCUACCAGAACUAUCUUGCAUGGUACUACUACUAUCAACAGCAGGCACAGGGCCAACCUGGCACGGACUCUGCUGCGGCUCCUCCGCCGCCGCCCAGUGAAUCGGCUCCGCCGCCCCCUCCGCCUUCGGAUGCCGCUCCGCCGCCUCCCCCGGGAAGCAACCCUCCGCCGCCGCCGCCUCCUGGCGGCAGUGGCUAUAAUGCUGUUCCCCCUCCGCCCGGCUUGUAA